AUGCCGCGAGACAACAAAACUCCUCUCAUCCAGAAAAUAGCCAAACAAGCCUAUACGACAUUCAGAGGCUUGUCUGCCAACAGCGACAAUGAAGUCGUUGAGGACAAACUUAACGGGCUAAUCUCCUUGGUAACUGCCGUCAGGGCUUCCGACGUGAAAAUUGCUCCUCGGAAAAACAACUCGAGCUCCGGGGCAGCGGAGCUCCAGAGCCCCCCGGUCACCUACAUGCACAUUUGCGAGACGGAGGUGUUCAGUAUGGGUGUGUUCCUGCUGAGGAGCGGCGCGUCCAUACCGCUACACGAUCACCCGGGGAUGAACGGGAUGCUCAAGGUUCUCUAUGGAAAGGUGAACGUCCGCUGCUUUGACAAGCUGGAGCAAAACCUGGCUGUAACCACAGUCCCACCCGUAUUUGACCCCCCGGUACCCCCGCUGCAGAUGACCUCCGUGUGGCGUGCCGUGCUCCGCUCAGUGGUUGAGUACUCAGAGAACAGUGGGCCAUGUCUGCUCACUCCUGUGCGGGAUAACCUUCACCAGAUCGACGCAGUCGAUGGGCCCGCCGCCUUCCUGGACAUCCUGGCUCCUCCGUACAACUCAGAUGAUGGGCGAGACUGUCACUAUUACAAAGUCCUGCAAAGUGCACUGGAAGAUGAAACCGAUGCAAAAGGUCACCAGGAGCAGCAGGGAGAGAAGGGGAAGGAAGAGGAGGUGUGGCUCUUAGAAAUCCCUCAGCCGGAGGAUUUCUGGUGUGGUGGGGAAUCAUACCCAGGGCCUGCAGUGUCUGUGUAAUAGAAGCCUGUGCUCGAAAGGAAACACACUACAAAGUAUUACAGACGUGUUUGUUCUGCCAUCUUCCAGAAGGAAAACCAUAAUCACCUGGAAGUUACCUGGACUGACUGCCUUGCUCUUGGUUAAGGAUAAUAUAUUAGUGCAGAGGUAUACACAGGCUUAAACUGACUUAAAUAAGGACAUAAGGACAACUGAACAGCCUUCCACAAAUAUCCCUGUGGUAUUGGGAAGUGUUAUCCCGGGGAAUUCUCAUUCCUAAUAUGGUGUUUUCCUUCGGAUCAUUAUGUUGCCGUGUACACUUUGUGAAUGGUGGGGUAUCAUUAGGAUCUCUGCUGCAGAGAGCCUCCACAUUGCCAAAGCCUGCAGCUCUCCUGUCUGCCUUAUAUGUGAAUACUGAAUGUACACUUAUGAAGAAGGCCAUGUACCCACUCACUGCACACAUUAUAUUUACGCUUUCUUUUUACUCUUUUCACUUAUCCAUGACAUGCUUCCUAAACAGGUUUGGUCAGUUAUUAGAGGAAAGAAAAAAGCAGUUUUUACAAACAUGGCUAUGGCUAAGUGCUGGAAAUGGAAGAUGUAUUGGAUAACUGUAAUAUUUUAACCAUUUUCACUGUCUUUGACGUGUAUCCUGCGUAUGUCACCUGAGCUUAUGUCUGGAAUUUCCUUCGGCCUACAUUUGACUCCACACACAUUUGUGUCAGUAUGACCAUGAUGCUGUUACUGUGAUGAUGAAUGUAUGUGGAGCAAUAAAACAGAUGAAGAUGCUCACAAAUAAAAAAUGUCUUUUAUCGUUAAUAGAGUUAAUAGAAAUCUGACGAAAGUUACUAUAUUUUGGGAGGAGGGUGGGUGCUAAUCAGCAGAAACCUGCCUGGCCUGUCAGUGACCUGCCUGAGUGUAGUCUGCAGUGCUGAUCCUGAGUGGAAAUGCUGUUGAUGGGCUGUUUUGACCCAAUCAACAGAGUGUAUUUCUCCAGAAUGCCUGCAGAAACUCGUGCUGUUAUGGUCCUGGCUCAGUGACCAAGUGUUUUGAGUUUUUGUAUCAUUAUUGAACUUUGAUUUUGUCUUUGUUUAUCUUUUCUAGUUUUUGGUUUCUGUGUUCCAUGGUUGCUGUUCCCUCCUAGUCAAGUUAUGUUUCCUGUUUUACUUUGAAAGUCUGUGUCCUAUGUAAAUGUAUUGAGUUUUGCUUCCUGUCUCGUCUUGUCAAUUACUUCCAGCUGUGUUGUCCUUCUGUGUGUCAUUCCCUCGUUAUCCCUCUGUGUAUUUAAGCCUCUGUUAGCUGCUGGUUCGCCUGUGUGAUCUCCCUCCUUCAUCUUAUGUUUUCCCUCCGUGUCUCUCUGCGUCUCUGUUUUUGGCUUCAGGUUUGUUUUGUUAGUUUUAUUCUCGCCUUGCUGUUUCUGUUUGUUUUCUCCUACCUCUUAAAAUAAAGCUUACUCGCAUCAAAA